GUCAAUCUUGGACGUAGGAUUCACAACGCGACUGAUUUAGCUCAAUCAAAGAUUACGCUACAAAGAUCUAUAUAAGUAGUACCGUUUUAACCAAAGCUAAAUGGAGUGGGGUUAAAGGAUAUUCUUGGAUUUAGUCUAAAACACAGGUUGAAUUCCCACAUACGCAUGAACAAAACAAAAUGGAAAAAGUUCUGAAGGUUUCAAUAUUCCUUGUUUGUAUGGUGUGCUUACUCGAUAUCGUCACCAUGCGGGCAUAUGAUAUGAAGAUCACAGAAUUUGAGAAAGAUUGUGUCAAUUAUAGUUGCCGCCACACAGGCAAAAUCAUUGGGAGCAUUGGUCUUUACGAGGAGUAUGUACCAUCAGACACCGAUUGCUUGGGGUUGAUAUACGUCGCAGCAUGUGAAAAGAAAGAUAACUGUUCUAUACAUACAUCAUGGAAACUGCUUUGUCCACUCUAUUGGUGCGGUCCCGAGGAUUGCAAAUUUAUAACGUACCCCUGUUACUGCUCUGGCAGCUACCCCGUGUCAAUCAAGUUCUUCCCCUUGGUUGAAAAUGCGUUGUAUCGCAUAACAGGAAUAGAACCUUAUGGUAAACCUAGAAGAGUGAGAUUUAUGAACUGUAGCAACAUCUUCGACUCUUCACUCAAACCAGCUAACUAUGAUCCCCUAGAACGUCCUAGAUUGAAAACCUCGUAUUCAAUGGCGUCGCUGAAUGGAGAAAGUCGGUUACAUCCAGAGUUCAUCUUACUGGUAAUGGGAGCACUGGUCAACAUCUUCCUCGCCCAGAAAGUUCUUGCUUAACAAAGAAACAAAACCCCUUAUAGAAUGGAGACCACAUACAGCUAGGUUGUGUUAGUAAAGCGAAGUGUAAUAAAAAAAAAUUUCACAAUGUUAAAAAAAUGAAAACGUCAGAACCAAUUGAAAUAACUCGAUUUUUAUCAGGAAUAGAACAACGCGCUUAAUUUGUGAUAGUUUAAAUUCUGUAAUGACUUGAUAACAAGCAUCUAAUUUGUUCUUUCAACUAGCAACGUGCACUAAAAGAUAGUGUGUACCAUACAAUAUUCAAUAAAUUCUUAAUGUUAAAAUAGUCGAUAUGAAAAUGUGCUAAACCUGCGAACUCACCUAGCAUCUGUUUUGGAGAAUUCCAUUACUAUUACAGGGUAUUCUAUUUGUAAAACAUGUUUUCUUAGACUGCCCAAAUCUUAUAUCAUUCAGUAUACACCCGACCCCACCCUCACCAUUCUUCUACGAGAGACAACACAGUUUGCAAAAGAAAAAAUAAUUGGUUUUACUACGAACACUAGUUUAGGAACUACAUCACUGUGUGUGAAAACUGCUUGCUUCAACUUCAUUAGAAACAAGUGCAAGCAAACUGUGUCUAAUAAUUCAUUCAUUUUCAAACUAUGUUAAAUCUAACGAUUUGAUUUUACUCAAAGUAUUCCCAGUCUAUAUUACACAAGUCUAUAUUACACAUGUCUAUAUUACACAAGUCUAUAUUACACAAGUCUAUAUUACUCAAGUCUAUAUAAUACACAAGAUUAAAAAAUUAUAAUCUAUUGUUUGCAUCGAUUGCGUCAAAUAACUUGUGCUCAACAAUUGCAAUGAAAAGUUUUUUAAAUGAGUUCCAUGGCAGUGGCGUAGGCAAGGGGGCGUUAGGGGAUGGGGGGCUAUAACCCCU